GCAGCUUCAUUUCCUGUUCCCUGCCACGGUUCUUUGGACUCACUCGCCAUUUUGAUACAGUCGAGUAGGGCAGGGACGAAGCCGUUAAAGUUGCAGCUAACCAGCGACGUAACAACAAAAUCGGAGACGCUCUGAAGAAGAACAUUUGAAGAGAACAAUGAGUGGUUGUCGUGUCUUCAUUGGCCGCUUGAGCCCGCAUGCCAGAGAGAGGGAUGUGGAGAAGUUUUUCAAGGGAUAUGGACGGAUUCGGGAAAUCAACUUGAAGAAUGGAUUUGGCUUUGUGGAAUUUGAUGACCACAGAGAUGCAGAUGAUGCUGUGUAUGAGUUAAAUGGCAAAGAAUUGUGCAGUGAAAGGGUCACUAUUGAGCAUGCUCGCUCCAGAAGAGGAAGAGGUGGCGGCCCUGGAAUGGGUCGUUUCGGCGGAGGUGGCGGCGGUGGAGGAGGUGGAGGUGGUGGUGGCGGCUAUCGUCAGUCUCGCAGCAGUGGAUCCAGACUGGACAGGUAUGGACCUCCUGUGCGGACUGACCACAGGCUCAUUGUAGAGAACCUCUCUUCACGGAUUAGCUGGCAGGACCUGAAAGACCUGAUGAGAAAAGCAGGUGAAGUUACCUUUGUGGACGCUCACAGACCCAACAAAAAUGAAGGAGUGGUUGAGUUUGCAUCCCGCAGUGACAUGAAGAAUGCCAUCUCAAAGCUUGAUGGGACAGAACUGAAUGGACGCAAGCUAAAGAUCUUUGAGGACAGCAGAAGUCACAGCAAGAGCCGCUCCCGAUCCCGCAGCUACUCCCGCUCCAAGAGUCGUUCCAGGAGCCGCAACCGUUCCAGGAGCCGCUCCAGGUCCGCCAGUCGCACCCCAGAGAGGAGGACAUCAGGAGGGGGCAAGGCCACUGGCAGAUCCCCCUCCAGGUCCAAGUCUCGCUCCAAGUCUCGCUCCAAGUCCCGCUCCAGGUCUCGCUCCCGCUCACCUGCUCCCGCUCAGAACAAACAGUCUCGCUCCCGGUCACGCUCUCGCUCCCGCUCCCGGUCACGUUCCCGCUCUGCCUCAGUCGACAGCAAGCACUGAGAGUGGUACAUCCGUAGGCUGUAAAAUAGACUGGUAGUUUGCUCACCAUAGGCCUGACUGGUGGCAUGUGAUUUUUUUUUUUUUUUUUUUUUUUUUUUUUUUUUUUUUUUUUUUUUUUAAAUGAAGGGGAGGAAAUUGCCUUUUUUAUGGCUUCUUUUGAAAUGACAUCUUCAGUCAUUAAUGUUGCCUAGAUUGACUUAGAUUUCUUUAUGUUGUUUUUGUUAAGAUCAACUUCCAUGGGGAAAAUUGUUGUUUUUUUCUUCCUGUUACUUCAUGAUUUAUGAACUUCCCUCUUUUAAAAACUCCUUCAUAUUUUUGAUGAAAUACCAAGUGACAAACAUUUUGAUCAGUGGUACCUGUCACAGUCCUGCAGUCUAUCCUAGCUGUUUGCCAUGUUAUGAUUCCAUCCGCUCCCCUGUGCUUUGCCUGAGUGUUCAGAGCAGUUCAAAGUUUAGGUGGGAAUGGUAUUCAUUCUCCAAAAUGUUGUAUGUUUUUGUUUGUGAUGCGGGUUCUUGGCAUUGCCGUGAAACUGUGAUUAUGCUUCUGAUGAGGCACCGUAACGGGUGCCUCCGUGUGUUGCAUUCACUGCCCUGAUAUGUGAACAUAACAAUGCAAACAUCUCAGUUGGUGGUUUAUUUCAGCUUUCUUGUGUAGUGAUGUUGGAAUCUGGCAUUUGUUUUGACUGGCUUUUUUUUGGGGGGGGGUUCAACACUGCUGUAUCAGGACCUUGUCUUGUAUUUGUGAUUUAAUCUUUGCUUUUAUUUACUUUAUCUCCAGCCGUGGCCUGUGGGGUAUUGUGAGUCUGAACGCAAGUGUGUCAAUUUCAGCAGGAAGAAAUGUUUCUAAAUAAGUUUAUUAAUUUGAUACUAAUAAAACACUCACUGCA